AUAGAUCUAACCAGUAGGCUACAUUCUCAAGAUAUCAGACCGUUUCGAUGUAUCUUAUCAGUUCUUGAUACAUUAUAUCGCUGGCAGUAGUGUGUUAUUAUUAGAUUGCCCUUUCUCUCUACAUAUUUUCCAUUGAAACAUGCUGCGUGUGAGAUCGGCAUUGUGUCAUUCUUGGAGGGGUUUCAGGACCUUCCCCUGUGUAGCUGUUGAGGUAAAGAAUGAGCCCAUUCUGGGAUUCAACGAGGGCAGUCCAGAGAGGGCCGAGCUGCAGAAGGCCCUGGAUGACCUGAAGGGGAAGACAGAGGAGAUUCCCUGUGUGGUUGGAGAUGAACAUGUGUGGACCAAAGACAUCAGAUACCAGCUAUCACCCUUCAACCACUCACACAAACUGGCCAAGUUUUGCUAUGCUGACAAGGACCUGCUCAACAAAGCUAUCUUAGCCUCUGUGGCGGCGAGGAGAGAAUGGGACCUGAAACCCAUCCAGGACCGAGCCCAGGUCCUCUUUAAGGCUGCUGAUAUCAUCAGUGGACCUAAGAGAGCUGAGAUUCUGGCCAAGACCAUGAUAGGCCAGGGCAAAACAGUGGUGCAGGCAGAGAUUGAUGCGGCUGCAGAGCUAAUAGACUUCUUCCGUUUCAAUGCGAAGCACGCUGUUGAACUGGAGAGCCAGCAGCCCCUGGACAGUGAUGGUAGCACCAACACCAUGCUCUACCGUGGGCUGGAGGGUUUUGUAGCUGCUGUCGCCCCAUUUAACUUCACUGCAAUUGGUGGAAACCUAGCAGGUACACCUGCUCUCAUGGGUAAUGUAGUUCUGUGGAAGCCUAGCGACACAGCCAUGUCAGCUAGCUACGCCGUAUACAAUGUUCUGCGGGAGUCAGGGUUACCCCCCAACAUCAUCCAGUUUGUGCCAGCCGACGGACCAGUGUUUGGAGACACCAUCACUUCCUCUGAACAUCUGGCUGGCAUCAACUUUACCGGCAGUGUCCCUACCUUCAAGCGCCUGUGGAAACAAGUGGCCCAGAACCUGGAUAUCUACAAGAACUUCCCUCGGGUGGGAGGAGAAUGCGGCGGUAAGAACUUCCACUUUGUGCACAAGUCUGCGGAUGUGCGGAGUGUGGUGACUGGGACCAUCCGCUCUGCGUUUGAGUACGGAGGGCAGAAGUGCUCAGCCUGCUCCAGGAUGUAUGUACCAGACUCCCUGUGGCCCCAGAUCAAACAGGGGCUCCUGGACAUCCACAAGCAGCUCAAAGUUGGAGACCCUGUGGAGGACUGGAGUACAUUCUUCUCUGCUGUGAUUGAUGACAAGUCCUUUGCUCGUAUUAAGAAGUGGUUGGACCAUGCCAAGUCAUCCCCUAAGUUGAACAUAAUUGCUGGGGGCCACUGUGAUGACAAGAAGGGUUACUUUGUGGAGCCGACCAUCAUUGAGAGCACAGACCCACAGGAAGCCAUCAUGGCUGAGGAAAUCUUUGGCCCAGUUCUGUCUGUCUAUGUUUACCCUGAGAACAACUACAAGGAGGUUCUAAACCUUAUAGACAACACAUCACCAUACGCCCUGACAGGAGCGGUCUUCGCUCUUGACAAGAAUGUUGUAGAUGAGGCAGCUAAGGCCUUGAGGAACGCUGCAGGAAAUUACUACGUGAAUGACAAGUCCACCGGCUCGAUUGUCGCCCAGCAGCCAUUUGGUGGCGCCAGAGCUUCAGGUACCAAUGACAAACCUGGUGGUCCUCACUACGUCCUGCGAUGGACAUCCCCACAGGUGGUCAAGGCCACCCACGUCCCGCUCAGAGAAUGGAAGUACCCAUACAUGGGUUAAAAAGACAGUACUGUACCCCCUCUCCAAACAUGUGGCCCUCAUCCAAUCCUAGCUUUGUAGAGGAAUCUGUCGGCUUUUUGUCCUAUCCCUCUCUCCAGUCAAGACUGACAAUGAAAUGAAGAGGGGAAACCCUCUCCUUACUCGUCCAGGUUUUAGUCCUUUUUAGCCCUUACAAGCCUGCACUGAAGCUAGACACAAGUACAAAUGUAAUUAUUAGCUCAGGGUUUCCCCAACCUGGUCCUCGGGAUCCCAAGGGCUGCACGUUUUUGUCCUAGCACUACACCGUUGAUUCAAAUAAUCAACUAAUCAAGCUUCGAUUAUUUGAAAUCAACUGUGUAGUGUUACGGCAAAAACCAAAACAUUUUGGUUGGUUGAGUUGGGGAAAUGCUCUAUAAGCUGUUCUAAAUUAAAAGGGGGAGCAAAGGCGCCCCUCUCUGGCACUUCAUGAGAUCAGCAGGAGCUGAGCCAGAUCAGAUGGCCUGCGAGCUAUACAGAAGAAUGGCACUAUGAAACGUCCCAUGGAUCCACAGACAGUACCAGUCAAAAGUUUGGACACACCUACUCAUUCAAGGGUUUUUAUUCAUUUUUUAAACUAUUUUCUACAUUGUAGAAUAAUAGUGAAGACUUUAACACUAUGAAAUAACACACAUGGAAUCAUGUAGUAAGCAAAAAAAUGUUUAACAAAGUAAAAAUAUAUUUUAAGUCAUUCAAAAUAGCCACCCUUUGGCUUGAUGACCGCUUUACACACUCUUGGCAUUCUCUCAACCAGCUUCAUGAGGAAUGAUUUUCAACAGUCUUGAAGGAGUUCAAACAUGUGCUGAGCACUUGUUGGCUGCUCUUCCUUCACUCUGCGGUCCAACUCAUCCCAAACCAUCUCAAUUGGGUUGAGGUUGGGUGAUUGUGGCGCCUAGUCAUCUGAUGCAGCACCAUCACUCUCCUUCUUGGUCAAAUAGCCCUUACACAGCCCGGAUGUGUGUUUUGGAUCAUUGUCUGGUUAAAAAACAAAUGAUAGUUCCACUAAUCGCAAACCAGAUAGCAUGGCGUAUCACUGCAGAAUGCUGUGGUAGCCAUGCUGAUUAAGUGGUAGCCAUGCUCACUGAGCAAAGCACUAUCACACCACCUCCAUGCUUCACGGUGGGAACCACAAAUGAGAUCAUCCGUUCACCUACUCUGCGUCUCACAAAGACAAGGUGGGUAGAACCAAAAAUCUCGAAUUUGGACUCAUCAGACCAGAGGACAGAUAUCCACCGUUCUAAUGUCCAUUGCUUGGGUUUCUUGGCCCAAGCAAGUCUCUUCUUCUUAUUGGUGUCCCUUAGUAGUGGUUUCUUAGCAGCAAUUUGACCAUGAAGGCCUGAUGUUGAAAUAUGCCUGUUACUUGAACUCUGUGAAGCAUUUAUUUGGGCUGCAUUUUCUGAGGCUGUUAACUCUAAUGAACUUAUCCUCUGCAGCAGAAGUAACUCUGGGUCUUCCUUUCCUGUGGCAGUCCUCAUGAGAGCCCGUUUCAUCAUAUCGCUUGAUGGUUAUUGUGACUGUACUUGAAGAAACUUUGAAAGUUAUUGAAAUGUUCCAGAUUGACUGACCUUGAAGUAAUAAUGGACUGUUGUUUCUCUUUGCUUAUUUGAGCUGUUCUUGCCAUAAUAUGGACUUGGUCUUGUACCAAAUAGGGCUAUCUUCUGUGUACCACCCCUACCUUGUCACAACACAACUGAUUGGCUCAAACGCAUUAAGAAGGAAAGAAAUUCCACAAAUGAACUUUUAACGCACACCUGUUAAUUGGAAUGCAUUCCAGAUGAAAAAUAUAUUUUGAUUUGUUUUACACUUUUGGUUUCUAUAUGUGUUAUUUCAUAGUUAUGAUGUCUUCUGUUAUUCUACAAUGUAGAAAAGUGAUGAUAAAGAAAAAGCCUUGAAUGAGUAUGUGUGUCCAAACUUUUGACUGGUACUGUAGUUAAACUGUUUGGUCGACCAUAGAUUCUACAGAGAUGUACUAUUAGUUCUAAUUAAUCAGUCUUCUGUUUUAAUUAAAUGACUGCUGUAUCUGAGCCUCCGUUUCUGACAAUCUCAGUACUGACUGGUCCUGAGGCUGUUAAGUUUUCACUGUUAAGUUUUCCACAUGUCCUGCUGUAUUUCUAUUAUACAAAAGUCACUAUAUAUAAGUAUUAGCUGACCAUCUGCCAUGACAAAAACAAUAACCCAACGUUUCCAUAAUAUUUCAUGACCGCUACGGUACAAGUAUCAAAACCCAAUGUUUAUCAUUUUAGGUUUUCUGUUCCCUAUGAUUGUAAAAAAGAGGAUGGCUUUUACUACCAUCCAUUUUUGGUGCUAAAAAAGUCCUUACUAACCAUCCUUCUUAACCUAUAUUCAGUAAACAUGGUUGUGUGUAUCGAAACUGGAAUAAUGUGGUUUUCCUCACUGUGUUUUGGUUUGCUGUGUUAUCACACUGUAAUACUCAACCCCUGACUGUCUCUGAUAGGAAGGUGAUGCACUUGUUACACUGAGCUAUGGCUUGGCCUACAGUAUCUGGCUAUGAGGGUGCCAUUGCCUUUUUACUUAAACCCUGCUUUGCCAUCUAGUCAGGUUUAUUUCAGCAACAGCACACUGACUGUUGUUUUCAAAUUUUACUGAGUGUUUGUCCAUCUAAAAAACAAUGCUUCAACUGCAUAUGAUUGCUCAGUCUAAAUCUCAAUUUCAUGUCAUCUUGCUUUUAAAACAAAAGUUGAGGAGGAUAUAUUUUCAUAAAUGUGUUUUCUGUUAAAUGUUAAUAUAAAUUAUUUGUCUAAUAUUGGCAAUAUUAGGGAUUUACCUUAAUUGAAUUAGCAUUAUUAUACAUUUUCAUAAUUUCAGAAAUGAUAUUAAACUUGUUUUUAAUGUGUU